AUAUUAAUCACUCAUACCUGUCCUCUAAGGUACUAUAUAAGGAUUCAUUAUAACAUCAACAAAAAUAAUAAAUGUAAACUUACAAAAUUUGAAUUAUCAGAGUGGCCCCCGGAUCAAGCAUAUGUGUUUAAACAGCGAGCAGGAGGGCACUUUGAACAUGCAGUAGUUUGCAGACUAAAUGUUAUUGUAUGCACACAUGUGUAAUAUAAACACCUGUCUGAGAUCAACGUGGGCUCUGUAUCCAUCUACUUAUGUGGCAAUAAAUGCAUAUUUGCUAUUUAUAUUUGUGAUAAUAGUUUAUUGAAAUAAGCUGAUUAAGUGAAAUCCGGACAACCAAAAUGUGUGAAGAAAUAUCUUUCCUCAAACCAUGUGUACAGAACAAGCCCAUGACGUCACACACACUCCCAUCCUCCAUGACGUAUAACACACAAUGAAGACAGAAAGUCACAUCGAACACGACCAGCUCCCCCACACGAGGCUCCAUGCGGUCACACGUCAGAGCAGCUCCUGGUCAUCGUGAGCCAGAGCUGACGGACCUCACCCCCACCCCCCGUCACCGCUGCCAGGGUUAACACAAGUGUCUAAAGAAAAGGGCUUAAAGACAUUAACUAGGUGAAAGCCAUCUGUCAGCCACAGCGGGGCCGCUGCUGCUGCUGCCGGGCACGGUGACAUGUGGGCGGCCGUGGCCCUUUAAGAAACUCCAUGUUUUCGCUACAUGAUGCGUCAACAUUUAAAAAAAAGGAAGAGAAAAAAGCGGAUGAUGCUGUUAUGUAAAAACACGCUGAAGUGAGCCGUAGUUUGCGGGGAGCUUGCUGGAAAAGCCCAGCACGCCUCACAUCGUCUCCUAAACCCGAAACCGGGAUUGUGCUUUUUUUCAAAGUGUCGAGGUGUUUCUACGCGGAGCGCGCGGAGUGAAGGAGAGAAGAAGAAAAAAAAGAGGCUUCAGCCGACCAAGUGAACAUGAGUCGCCCUCCACUCUGUUUUGCUCCUUCACUUGCGGGAAGCGUACACCUGACGCAGCCGUCUCUCGCCCCGUGGAAGUGAUCCUUCUUCUGGGCACCGGGGUGAGACUCGACAGCCUUCAACUCUUAUCGCCUCUAUCGUGCUCGGCUGAAAGUGCGCGGCAGGACGGGCUCGAGCUUUGGAGAAAAAUGUGUCCGCGACGGACGGAUUAACAGAUCCUUCCACUCCGGCGCGGGGGGCUCUGCGGACCCGAGAGGAAACUUUUUGACAUUUAAAAAAAAAAGGGGGACCCCCGUCGCUGCUUCCUCCUUCACUCCGCGUCGGUCCCUGCAUCGCCUGGAAGAGAGUGCAUGGACCCUGGCGAUGACCCGCGAUGACGCCCGCUGAAGGGUCUCUCUGAGCUCCGACCCGCCGUCGUAGCGCCGCCGUGGAUGAGGAGGAGGCGGCGGUGGCUCUGCCCCCGGACGCCGUGACAAUGGUGAAAGCUCAGCGGAGCCAGCCUGCGAAAAGUGGGAAGCCCCGGAAGGAGAAGGGAAGCAAGGAGAAAGGAGGUGGUGUGAAAAAAGGGAAGGAGAGAAAAAAUGAGUCGAGAGGAAGGAAAUUGAAGGAUAAAAAAGAGUCGCAUCGACCUCGAAAGAAGACCCUGGCAGAGGGUGAUGGAGAAGCGCUGGACUGUCGCGUCCUGCUCACCCGUCUGGAGGAGAAACGAGUUGAGGGCAAAGAAAAGGAUGCGCCGAAAUCUGGCAAAAAAAAGAAGGUUAAAGUCAAGAAGAAGCCGCCGUCCAGCUCCAGUCCAAGAAGGACCAAAUCUGGAUUGAAGAAAACGCCCACAGCCAAUCGGCAAUCACCGGAACCAAAAAUCAACCAAUCUGACGCCUUACUCGUGUUCCCCGCACCCGUCUUUGAGCCCCGCCGGCGGAGGAUGGCCUCGCUCAACGCCGAGGCGGUCAACAGCUUGCUGCUCUACAGAAACGAUUCUCUGGCGUCGAAUCACACAAAGAAACGGCGGCAGCCUUCCAGUGAAGAUAAAGCUCGAGACAGUGUCGCUAAAACCGAACACAGAGGUCAGAAAACCAAAAAGGUUUCUCCGCGAGGGAAAGCGGACCCAAAGGAAAGACCUAAGAAACAGAGGCGGUCGGCGGCGGCGGCUCCGGACAUCGACUGGUCGGCGUUGUUCGCUCCGACGCCUCGGCGCCAAGCGGGCCUCACCGCGGCCACGCUGCUCAGACUCACGAGCUCCCAGUACGGAGCCAGGCGGCAGAAGAAGGCGGAGCCCAAGCCGGCGAGCGGGAGUGAAGCGGCGGCCGCGACUCGGGGCGAGAUGAGCGGCAAACCGGGACAGGGAGCCGCGCCGCCGACCAAAAGAACAACGCGGCCCGGACACGCGGACCAACUCAAGCACACGAAGCCGGGCGCAGAGGGUCCGGCUCACUCCCGGCUGGACUCGGCCAUCCAGGGCUGCUGUCGGUUGUGUAAAAGCGAGACGUUGGAUCCGGAGUGGAAGGACGGCGCGAGACGACGGGAGUGUCUGAAACACGAGCUCCAUCGGGGCUUCUGCUUGAAGGCGAUCAAAAAGGAGCGGGUGGAGGCGGACGCGUCCUCCUGCUACUGCUGCUCCCAGGAGAGGUGCGUCGAGUACUGCCACCGGCUGGCCCUGUUCCUGGGGGACGAGGCCUUCAAGGGGCCCGAGGACGGCACCAUGUUCCACCACCACCACCACCACCACCACCACCAUCACCACCACCACCUUCAGCCGCCUCACGCCGUCACCCACCCGGCGGCCAUCAGCAUCGGCCCGCACGGCUACACCCGUUUCCCCGGCUACUACGUCCACUUCAGCCACCCGGACGCCCCGCCCUCUCCCGGCCCACCCCUCGCUCUGUGCCCAAAGAGCGGCAAGAGGCCCACGCUGCUCCCCGGCGCCGGUCCGCCGCCCUCGGGGAUUACCCACCCGGUGUACUGCUGCACCUCGUUGGAGGCGUGCUACGGAGAGCCCUGCGGGGUCAACGGCUACUCGUCCUACGCCGGUGUGAUUCCAGCCAUCGCCAGAGGAGGGCGCUCCUUCAGCCCCGCGGACUGCAGCACAUGUAACCACGGCAUCAACAGAGACGAUUACCCAUCAACCCUCAACGACCAUCGCAGUGCGUCCUCCAUCCCCAUCUCGCCCGGCCCCAGGACCCUCACUGGCUGCCCCGUUCCCACUGUGCCUCCAGCCGGCCAAUCGGCGCCCCACGUUCAAACCCCCCUGUCCGAACCCAGCCAACCGCAGCCUCCGCCGCAGGUGGCGAAGGACUGUCCCCAGAUCGCCAAGUCGCCCAGAGGGUCGAGGUCUGGCGCGCGUGGCACCGGCGGCAUCGGCGCGGCUGUCUCCCCUCUGAGCAGAAACAAGAAGCAGAAGCUCGCCGCGGCCGCCGUCAGAGGGCGGACGGUUGCCAAGCAGCCGAAGAACGGACGCCAAAAAUCCACCAAUGGCUGGCAGCCAGUUGGCCUGCCCUUUCAGAAGGAGGUCUUCUCUGUGGGAGAGGAGGCCCUGGUGCUGAGGAAGUGUUUCGAGGGAGUCCAGAGGGACGGGGACCUGAUCCGGGUCAGAGACACUGUUCUGCUGAAGUCCGGACCGAGGAAGAAGUCUCUGCCUUACGUGGCCAAGAUCUCGGCUCUGUGGGAGGAGCCCGAGUCAGGAGAGCUGAUGAUGAGUUUGUUUUGGUACUACCGUCCAGAACACACGCAGGGGGGCCGCAAUCCCAGUAUACAUUGUGAGAAUGAGAUCUUUGCGUCUCGCCACCAGGAUGUGAACAGUGUGGCCUGUAUUGAAGACAAAUGCUACGUCCUCACGCUGGCUCAGUAUUGUCGAUUUUGUGCCUUGGUAAAACGCCAUAGCGAGGGCGUGCGCGACUGCGCCGCCGCCUUCGUGGUGCCGCCCAGCGUCGUCAACGCCAUGCCCACCCACCACUGUGUGCCCGAUGACGUCGACCCAGAGCUGGUGUGUUUCUGUCGACACGUCUAUGACUUUCGCUUCGGGCGCCUCCUCAAGAACCUGCAGUAGCAUCUGACGCCGCACGACGACCCAUAACGCUCUUGGAAGUUGAGAUAACGGUCGACUUCGAUGGGCCACACGCACACCGACCUGCUGCGCGUGGGACGCGAGCCGGAAGCGUCGGAUGAAGGAUUGACGGACGAGCGUCGCUUGUUUAUGAAAUCUCUCGCUCGUACGUACACGCCGCACCUUUAUUUGGUGAGAGUAACACCCUGACGUACAGCAUCGAGGUUACGACGGCGGUGUCCCGGUGUUCAUCGUACAUGGCUCUGUGGUGUCGUAGCAGCCGUUUGGAGAACUCUGACCGUUCUCCGCUGUCGAAAUUGCUCCCGUAGCUCUUAGAAACGUGACAUUUGAUCGGUGUGAAGAGAGGUUGAUGUUACAUGUGAAUCACGUUCCCGUCGGACAUCAGACGCUCCUCGUGUGUCUCAAUGAUGCGCCGUCGGUGAAGAAAACCGAAGGUGUUUUUUCGGCGUGUUCGGCAAGGACCGGCGUUGCUCCUUGAGAAGAGACAAAGAGAUUGAAUCACAUUUGAUAUGAGAUAUAUAUUCUGCGUACAAAUGAAGCUCUUGUGAACAUCUGUGUUCAGGGUGUUUUAGGGAAUAGUUUUUUUGUAUAUUUCUUUGCUAUCUUGACAAAGGGUAGUGGAAGGGAAUAAUGCCACUCAUGUCUGUACGGUUUAAUAGAAAGUAGUGCCAGCAGUGCAUCAUUUAGCGAAGCUUAUAGAGGCUCGAAGCGGGGCGGCCUGGCUCGCUGUUUUCAGUCUUCUUACUCAGCUGAUCUCACUCACUGGCUGCGGGCCACAGCUCCAUAUUUACCAGACAGACGUGGGAGUCCCAUCGAGAUUAUCGUCAAACUCUUGGCGAGAAAAGCAAAUGCCCCAAUUUUCCAACAAACGGUCCGAUGAUUUAACGUUUCCCUUUUCACGUGACUGUGAUUGACCUGUGGGUCUGCGUCGUGAACUCUGACCACAGCUGUGAGGAGAGUCCAGGAGGUUUGUAUUGCGACCGUUCGCCUUCGUUAAGACGAGCAAGUACAGGCACGGCGGACGACGAAAACGUGGAUGAUCUCUCGCUCCGCCCCUCUGGUUUCUCUGAGAGAGGUUUGAGUUUCAUGCCACUAAUUCACCUGAAUGGUGAUUUCCUAACGUAGUACAGACUCCACGAAGAAAGCACACUUCACUUAGUUUGAUUUUGGAGUGUGAAGACGUCCAACGAGCCGAGCAUUGACGAGGGUUUUUUCUGUCAUGCCGACGCUGAGGAAUAUUUUACUUUCUCAAAGCUGAUUGUCGGAGAUGUCAUGUCAGCUAACUGUAUAUUUGCAUUUAUAUAUCUGGAUGAGUGUCUGUUCUGUUCGUGGCAGAUGGCAGUUAGUCACCUACAUCCUCAUUUCUUCACCGAUGAGAUGGUGAGCAAUGUAUUCAGUGUAGCAUUUAGAGCUGCUGGUGACGAUGAUGAUGACGAGAUGAUGAUGAUCCAUUCCUAUGUUUGAGAGAAGAUAUGUAUUUAUUUCUGUACUGAGAAAAUAUAAUUUAUUUUCAAAAGAUAAUUUUAAAGAAUAGAGUUCUAGGUGAGUGGCUUGUGUUCCUGACUAUAAAGGAGGUCUCCCCUUCGCUGCACUGUCUAAGAUAAAAACGUGCGAGUCCUUCGCAAUAGUAUUUCUGUGACUGAUUGAGCUUGCUUGACCAAUACAAGCCUAUUCGAUGUUGUGUUGAAGAUGUUGAAAGUCCUCCAGGCAGAUGUGAGGACACAUUUGGAAGGAUCUCAGAGAGAGUUUGAAGGACACCUGCUAACAUGUGACCAGAGAUGCUUAACCUGCAGGAGCCACGCGUCCCUUGGCCUCUCCCGGCUUCCUGCCAUCCUCCCGUCACUCCUCCUAAGAUGACAACGCUUUGCCUCUUCACCUUUUAAAUGCCGAGUGCUACAAUGAUUUAAACCUACCUUGCCAUUAUCCUGUGCCCUUGAUCUUGCUGCCUUAUAGAACAUUCCCAGCCUUUUCAUUUCGAGAUGUGUGCUGAUAUCUGCCUCGGGCGGUGAGGCUUCUUUCGCAGUGCGCCGAUCUUGAUUCCGAGAUGCUGGAGAAGCAUCUCCGGUCCAUCGCAUUCGUGGGGUCUUUUGUGAGAUCUGAAAGGUAGAAAUUAUCCUGGAUAAACACGUUGAUUUUUAGCAAAAGUCUGACCAAAUUUGUAUUUCAAAGUGAUCAGUUACAAAUCUGUUCAACAUUUGGGGAAAUGCACUAAGUUCCUCCCUCGUGUCGAGUUAACUGACGAGAUGGAUACCAGUCGAAGCUCCAGAACCUGAUCCGCCUCGCUGAGCGUAAAGACUGCAGCUCUGUCAGAAAAGGCAAAAAUAAUCCAUCUCCCUGCCCCUCUAAAGCCUAUUGGCUCAUUAAUUACGGUGUCUGUAAUAAUCCCAUCUUUAUGCUCAGCUGGGCUCACUGGCCGCUGGAUGUCGCUUCAUAUUUAGCGUACAGACUACUCUCAACAACAGAGUGUAUUCCCCUAAAUAUUGGGUUUGUAGUCGUGUGCUUCUUGAAGAACAGCGGCCUGCAGUCGGCGUCAAUUCCGUCGGUUGGGAUGAAUUUCAGUCGUUCCAAAGUUUUUCACGGUGGAUAGACAAAAUCUCCAAAUGUCUACAGAGGCUUUUCUAAUCCACCUCGUCAUCAUAAUCCAGCUCUCAGCUGUCUGUCUGAAUUGGCAUUAUGUUCCAAACAAAAGACACGCGUUCCUGGCAGCUUCAAGCUGUGAGGAAAUGGAUUAUGUGCAUGAGCGUUUGAGAGGUUUUAAGUCGUUCUUCUGCUUUGAAACUAUUUCAAUCCUUCGCAUCCGACAUGUUUGAGGGUCCCAAGCGCUGUUCGACAUGAACUGCAAACGAUUUACAGCCACCUUAAACCCACAGGGGGUAGUUGAUUUUAAAAAGAUAGAUUUUGGGUGGAGUACCACCCGAACACGCCCACAUCCUGCCUACUUCUGCUUUACGUCUGGUACAGAGAGUCGAUUACUUCCUGACUCCAUGAGGCUGAACUGGAAAGAAAAGACUUGCCGUUUUUACCAAAUCAAAGGUUUGCAAACGUUCUCCACCGAUCGGAACAUUUAAUUGGACAUUGAUGGAUGGUGGAUGUACAAUCCAACAAAGCAGAAUUGGGUUUAUUUGGUUUUAUUUGGAUCUUUAAUUUAAAAUCCCCCUGGAGGUUCUGGAGUAGAGAUAGAAACCACACGCAGUACAUGUUAUGGCCUUAGGAAUCACUCUGCAAACUAAUUAUGUCUAAUCAAGAUGUGUGAUACUUAUGUCUUAAUUGGUCCUCUGUGCCUGUUCCCACUAACCCAUAUUUACUCUGAACGUGUUCCACGUAGAGAAGGACGAGCUGUUGUUCUCACCCACCUUCCAAAUGCCUUUCAUUGUUGCCGGACGAUGCUGGUCUGAUCUCGAAUCACCACAAAGAGGUGCACCAAAAAGAGUAAGAGGGGAAGGUAUCGAAUCGUGAAUUUUAAUUUCAUUCCCAGGUGUACAAAAAAAGUCUAUACUUCUUCUGAUGUGAAUUUUAUGUUUAUAUUCUUUGCAUGGCAUUUUUGGAAAUACCUUGGAAAUAUUAACCACAGCACAGAUUAUUUGUAUGGUUUCAAAUGGACCUCUGUAAUAUAAGAAAAAAUAUUUACUUGUAAUAAAUAAUAUAUGAGUUUGAA